GCCAUUGCCCACUAUGAGCAGGCAGCAGACUACUACAAGGGAGAGGAAUCGAACAGCUCAGCCAACAAAUGUCUUCUGAAGGUGGGACACUACAGCGCUCAGCUGGAGCAGUACCAGAAAGCUAUUGAAAUCUACGAGCAGGUUGCUAUGAGCACCAUGGACAAUCCUCUGUUGAAGUACAACGCUAAAGAGUAUUUCUUCAAGGCGUCACUGUGUCACUUCAUAGUGGACGAACUGAACGCCAAGUUGGCCAUAGAGAAGUAUGAGGAGAUGUUUCCAGCCUUCUCAGACUCCAGAGAGCUCAAACUCUUAAAGAAACUCCUAGACGCUCACGAGGAGCAGAACAGCGAGGCGUUCACGGAGGCCGUGAAGGAGUUCGACUCGGUGUCUCGUCUGGACCAGUGGCUGACCACGAUGCUGCUCCGCAUCAAAAAGACCAUCCAGGGGGACGCUGGGGACCUGAAAUAGACGGAUUUAGAGACGGGG